AUGGAGAUCAAGGAUACGAAAGAACUCAAAUGGCCUGUCAGAAUGAGGUCACCACCCGAAUCCAGGGACAUGAAUAAGUACUGUGAGUUCCAUCGGGAUCAUGGGCAUACCACGGAGAACUGUAAGGCCCUGCAAUGGGAGAUUGAAGCCCUUAUUAAAAGAGGAUUCCUGAGUUCCUACGUCAGUAAUGACAAACGCCCGAGGAAUGAUCGUAGCAGGGAAAAAGCCCCUGAGACAAAAAGGGAUGGUCAACCUAUUGCUGGAACCAUCAAUAUCAUCAUUGGAGGCAUUGCCUCGGGAGGAGACUCCAACAGUGGAAGAAAACAAUAUACCUGA